CCUGGGUGGUGGCACUUUCUUCCUCCUCCGGCGACACAAACAUUCCCGUUCCCCGCGACCUGGACGUAUUCAAUCGAUACACCCACCGCGCUCCUUAUUCCACAUGGCGCCGACGUGACGACUGCACUCCGCAAUCACGUCCCUGUCGCAGCAUCUGCCGUUGUCGCCGACCGAAGUGACUGCAGCGGCCCGCCAAAGAAGCAGCCAGCAUUUUGCCAAACAGCUUUCAUCAUCGGCCGCGCUGUCACGCUGACUGACAAACCGCACUGUCUUUUCCCGUUGCCCUCGUGAAGCACUUGUCUGCUUCACCACAACCCACCCUGGCUUCGUCGCAGAAAAAGCGCAAGCUCGCUCCCUUCGCCGCUGCCAGGCCGACGACUGUCUCUUCCUCCAACGACGAUCGCUCUUCGUCACCUACCCGUUCGCCCACUGCUGACGCCGUUGAGCAACAACACCCACCUCAGACUCUGCACACAGGCACUUCUGGCCUUUUCGAACAACUCGACGUCCGAUCUUCACCCCCGCGGUUCAUCCCUCCGCACUUGCACGACGAAGUUCUGCCGAGUCGCGAGCAGCCGCUGCUGGAAGGAGGACCUUCUUCGCCGUCUUCACUUGGGGAAAGAGCGAGCAGUCCCAGUGCUGCCCUUGCUGAGGUCACAAUUGGAGGUGCGGCGGAUGAGAGGAUGGAAGAGAGGGCGGUGGUGAGUCCUGGGCGGACGAUUGGUGGGGGCAGGUCUAUGAGUCCGGCAAAGCGCACUGCUGAAGAAAUGGAGGGCGCGAAGAAGCAAACGACGUCUAGUGCUGUUGUCACUGCGGCGGAUGCGGCACCUGCUUCGGUCAACGCUGCGCCUCCGUCGCCUGGGAGUUUCCCGAAGGAAGGGGAAGAGACAGGGCAAGCAUCCGACUUUGAUGUCGCGAUGACGGAGAUGCAAGAGAGCAGUGCAGGAAAGGUGCAGAGCACAAACGGGUCGACAUCUGCAGAUGAUGAAGAGCUGCCUCCGUAUUCGAAAGAAGACCAGGGCGUGCAUGCAAAGGGUGCGGAUGCAUAUACAACGGAGCAGAUCACGCAGCAGGUCGACCACGUCAGGACUUUGGCAGCACGUGCGCCUGCAGAGGGCGAUGUGGGAGUUUGCAUCUCUAACAAGUGGCUCGUCCGAGUCUUGUCCCGAACUGCAGAGGGCCUUCAGAACAAGGAGUAUCCCAAGGAAGCGCGAGAAGGACCAGUUGGACCUCUCGACAAUUCGGAUAUCGUCCCCGAGGGCGGAUUUGAAGAACCGCAUCUGCACGACGCGCACGGAAAGCACUUCAUUCCAUUGAGACCUGGCCUCAGACCUGACGACGAGUUUACAAUCCUGCCUGCAUCUGCCUAUGGAGACAUUGCCGCGAAUUACGGGUCGACCUCUGGCCAAAUAGCAAUCUACAGAUACGCACACAACACUGCGGAUGCAGACGCGGCGGGCGAAAACGUUCAAUACGAGCUCUAUCCUCCGAUCGUCACUAUUCGAAAAGUGCAACAGCCGGACGCGGAAGAACAGGAGAAGCCAAAGCAAAAGCCUGGAGCGACUGCCACUGAAGCACUAAAAGCCCGACGGGAAGGCAGAGAGAAAUUUGGCCAAAAACACGAAACUGACGCUCUGCGCAUUGUCAGCUCGCGGUCCGAAAAGUAUAAGAGCUUUUUGACGCGCGCGAAGAAUGCUGCGGGCAUACCCAUAGCGACGAAGGUCAAAGUGUGGCGUUUGAAGGAUCCUGCGCAAGUAGCAGUCGAUCAGCCUAACACCACAUCUUCAGGCGCCAUGGCCAUCACUCCUCCUGCCUCACGCUCCGCUUCGCCAGCAAAGUCUGUAUUGCCAAAGCUCGUGCUUCCACCUGAAGACUUCAAGAAGAUGGAGGUUGGCACCGAGCUCGAACAGGUACCACUCGCUGAUCAGACGCACAACGACAAUUUCAAUGGCAGAUCGACCAUGAACACUGCUGGUUUCUUUGAAGAUUCAACAAUGCUUCUUGAGGAGCAGAUUGGGGGUCCUGCAGGCGGCGAGUUCCAAUCAGACUCCAAGAAGGGCGUGCUGAGUGUGGUCAACAAGAACCUCGGUUCCAAAGCAACUACAGCCAACAACUCCAGAGCGAGCAGCCCUGCGCCCGGAGGCAUGAUGACUCGAGGGCGAGCGCUGAAAAAUGGAAAGACGCGUGGUACUGUUGGACUUCAAAAUCUCGGCAACACUUGCUACAUGAACUCGGCGUUGCAGUGCAUAAGAAGUGUCGAAGAGCUCGCCAUUUACUUCAUGCUGAAGAGCUACAAGCCGGAAAUCAACAACGACAACCCACUGGGCUAUCAUGGCGCCAUGGCCAAUGCGUACCACACUGUGAUCCAAGGAAUCUAUGGCAACAACACCGGCGGAUCAUUCUCACCUAGGGAGUUCAAGAAUACACUCGGUCGGCAUCAGCCCAUGUUCUCGGGUUAUGGGCAACAAGACUCGCAAGAGUUCCUCAGUUUCCUGGUUGACGCCAUUCACGAGGACUUAAACCGCAUCCACAAGAAGCCAUAUGUGGAGAACCCAGACUCCGAAGACAGCAAAGUCCAUGAUCCAUCGUAUAUUCACGAGUUGGGAGAGCAGUACCGAACCAACCAUAAGAAGCGAAAUGAUUCCAUCGCUAUGGACCUGUUCAGUGGAUUCUACAAGAACAAGAUGGAGUGUCCUGAGUGUGACAAAGUCAGCAUCACAUUUGACCCGUACUCAUUGGUGACCGUGCAACUGCCAAUGGAGAUCGCCUUCCAGCACGAUAUCACCUACAUUCCUCUCCGAGGCAGACCCGUCCUACAUCACAUCGAUAUUGACAAGAAUGCUUCCAUCAAGACCCUCAAGGAGUCACUAGCGAAGAAGCACCCUGGAGCGGAUGCGAAUCGCAUGUGGAUGGUCGAAAUCUACCAGCAUAAGGUCUACAAGAUCUUCGACGACGGCAGCAGCUUAUCCGAACACAGCAUCACAGGCAAUGAUAACAUCUUUGUCUACGAGCUGGAGCAAGUGCCGAAGAACCCUGCAAGGAAGUCAUAUCAUUAUGGGAAUGCAGUCAAUGCGGUGCCCACUGAUGGCAUGGAUGCUCCUCAAGCGGAGGUGUUCUCUGUCCCGGUCUUUCAGCGAACACCCGACAGGAGUCUCACGUCGUAUUCACUCGCGAAUUAUCCGCUCUACAUCACGGUCUCACGCGAAGAAGCGAAGGACUAUGACAUUGUGUUGAAGAAGGUGCUCGCUGCAGUUGCCAAUACGACCAGCCGACAGAUUCUCAAGGAGUUCGAGGAAGAUCCUGGCGCGAGCCGUGUCGAAGAAGUUGAGGACGAGGAUCAGGACCAGAAUGGCUCAGAGGAAUCAGUGGGUGUUAGCGACCAUUCUGCACAAUCUGAGGAAGGCUAUGUUAAGGUGUCGCUCGACCAGCACAGCCACGAUGCAAUGAUGACGAAUGGGACGACUGUGGACGAGACCGAGAAAGCGAGUGAAGUCUACAUCCCGACCAACUACAUGGAUCCCAAUUACUAUGUAUCACCCGCGCUGCGACACCAGCUCUUCGACCUCAAGUUCGGACAAGGCAAAGGUGGCAUGCACUGCUCCGAUGGGAUGCAAAGUGGUGUGAAAGAAGACACUAUCCGUCCCAUGUUCUCACGUGUCAAGCGAUCUUCUAGGAGAUCUUCGAUGCAUUCCUCCAGUUCGUCAGCAGGGUCCACGCCAGGUACACCUUCCACAGACGGCCAGGCUGAUGAAGAGAGCGUUGCAGUCAGCAAUGGUUUCGAAGGCGAUGAGCCAGAUAUCACUUUAGGCGAUGCCGACGCUGCCACUCCGCUUUCCGAGUCCGUCAUCGAGGAUAGUAGCGACGAUGAGACAGCCGGAGGUGAUAUUAUCAUGGAACCAAGCGAGGUCACUGCCACAUCACGCAAAGGCCGACGGAAGAAGAACCGAGGCAAGAAGCAGAAAGGCAAGAAGCGUGGCGCCAACCAGAACGGAGUCGGAACGACAAGCAAGAAAGGCAAGCCUCGAGCAGGUCUUCCAGCGAUCAGCAAUGGUAGUAGUGGGCUCUUCGGCAGCAAACAGGCCGAUGAUGACGACAAUCCGUACUAUAUUCGGCUCGGCGAAGGCAUCGUGCUGGACUGGAAGGCUGAAGGUUUCGACAGCUUGUAUGGCGGAAGUGCAAAUGUUGAGAAAGAUUUGCGAGGCCACGCAACUUGCGAUGACAAUGGGCGACGCGGUAUCAAAGUAUUCGAAGAUCCUGAGCAGGACGCAAAGAAAGCCAAGCGCGAGCUGCGGAAGAAGAAAGGCGUUCUGCUAGAUGAUUGUUUUGACGUGACAAGUCGACCUGAGGUGCUUUCGGAAGACAAUGCCUGGUACUGCAAUCGAUGCAAGGAACUCCGGCGAGCCACGAAGACACUGGAGAUCUGGACUUUACCCGACAUCCUCGUGGUACAUUUGAAGCGUUUUGGCGGCAAUCGCUCGUUCAGAGACAAGAUUGACCUCUUUGUCGAUUACCCCAUCACCGGUCUGGAUAUGAAUGAGAGAGUCGGCCGCAAGGAGGACGGCAAGGAUUACACUUAUGAUCUCUUUGCUGUGGACAAUCACUACGGAGGUCUUGGUGGUGGACACUACACUGCCAUGGCCAAGAACUUCUACGACGGCGAGUGGUAUGAUUAUAAUGACUCCAUGACCAGCAAGAUUGGCGGUGAAGAUCGUGUCCACUCUGCCGCCGCUUACCUUCUCUUCUAUCGCCGACGUUCUGACCAACCUCUUGGACCUGAAUACCUCCAGAACCUCGUCAACGAAUAUCGCAAUCCUGCUGCGCCUGCCGAGGAAGCAGAAGACGAGGAAUCGGGGGAAGGCAAGCUCGGCGGCCGAACUCUCUCUGGCUCGGGGUCGUCGAGCGGCUUGGCCGGAGCAGGAGCCGGGGCGAACAAGAACAACAGCAGCCAGAGGGGACUUCUAAGCGCCGAUGGUGGGAUUGGAGCCGCAGCAGAGGGGCGUCUGAUAACGAGGACAACGGGGACGAAGGGUAAUGCGGCCACGACUGCUUCUGGUUUCAACCUCAGCCGCGACGCUGGAUGGAGCUUUGAUGCCAUUGACGGCGAUGACGGCGCUGAUGCAGACGCCGCUGACAGCUUCCUCCAGAGCGUUGGCGCUGCUAGUGACGGCGCUGAUAGCGUCUCUGGGCAGGUGGGCGACGACGACGACGAUUCGGGAAUGGAUAUGGAUGUCGGGCACCCCACGUUGCAGAGCCUUGCAGCUGGUGAAGAGGACCUUUAUGGAUCUUCUGGUGACGCAGGCAGAAACACUCCUGCACGCGACGUGCACUUUGAUGCGACCCAUGGGAUUUCCCUGACUGAUGACGAUAUGGGUGACGAUGACACGAUGGCAGAUGAGAUUCAUCUCGAAUCUGAUGAUGGCAUGGAAUUGGAGGAGAUUGGGAGGGGAACGACGAAGGGCACUUCAGAACAUCACGAAACGCCGGACUUGUACGAUUAGGGAUCGCGGCUGGCGGAUGGUGUGGUUUCUGCGGAGGAACGUGAUGACCUUGCUGCGCUGUUUGGGAAUGACCUCGCGGCUGAGCUGAUGAGAUAUGGUGAGGUCGGUGUGCAGGAGCGAGAUGAGGGCAGAGAUCGAAAGCAGAAGAUACAUUCUGGUCCGCCGAGACGCGUGGAUAGUGCGCGUGAGGAGGGGCUUUACAGCUAGAGAGAAGGGCAUAGUUCGUUUGCCUGCUUCAUCGAUACGAUACCAUGUAUAGUCGAUGAGGAAUGUUAGCAUUUUUGCUCAAUGAGGUUUGGGCUCAGGUCUUGUGAAGAGCGGGCUUUGAUAAGGUAUAAUCGUUCCGAAUCUAGAUCUCUCUUAGUCCCCAUCUGCAGCGCCGCGGGGUUGUGCUUGCACUCUCCUCGAGCCCAUACUGUAUAUCCAGCAUAACCUAGUCCUGGAUAGAUAUCGAGAUUUACUGGUAAGAGCACCCCGGUGCACCGGAGAUAAAGUCAUCGCCGCCUGGCACCUCCAACCACGGCUUUUGAUGCCGAAAGCUAUGCCAACCUAAUUCCUGGACCAGUGCGUGCAAGUCGUUUCACUUUCAUGCAAAACUAGAAUCAAAUUCAAAAGAUCCGUGUAGAAAGAGAUAGCUAUAGGAGUGUAGACACAGGUCUAUGGGUUCGAAGUUCGACCGAAUCGCGCACUAUAACAGUAACGAUGUCGGAGAUUAUGCGGGUAUCUGCUGCGAUG